AUGUGGGCAAGACAGUACUUCGGUGCGUUGGCAUUGCUGGCCUCUAUGCCACUUGUGUUGUCAUUUAACAACCCGCCUGGUGUGGACAUUUGGUGUGGGAAAGCAUAUAGAGCAAGCAACGCUUCAUUCAAACCCGGUGGAUGGUUUGAGGGACCACCCCGAUCAUCAACACCACUUUUAAAUCUUAAAGUCAGACCUCGGAUGAACAUCUAUCUUGAGAGUGAUGUUGAUGGGAGCCUUCUCGUCGAUGCUACCGUUUCUUAUCUCACGGGGGAACCUUUGGCAGGCACAGCUGACUUUAUUUCCGGUCGAGGAAAAUCCAAUGUGACCCUUGACAUCACGUCUGAUGGAAUCUCAAUUGUCUCGAAGCAAUACUCCGUUACGUUAGAUUCCCAUGAUAAUGAGAUACCCAUCAACUUUACCAAAUUCUCUCCGCGCUUGACGCCAUACAAUAUUACUGUAGUGGCAACCGUGUCUCACGGGAACACCGAAUCAAAAAUGAAAGCGAAUACAGAAUUGUAUAGACUGCCUCAGCGAACAGAUGGCGGAAGUGCUACUCGUCUUGAUCAUCUUUAUGGCGGUCUCGCCGUAAUGAAGGGAAAGGACACCGAAUGGACACCUAUCUUCCCUUACACGUAUUACGUGCAAUGGUCCCUCUACUGGGACGCCAACAUAUCAACACUCGAUGAAUUUGCGUCGAGAGGGUAUAAUGUGAUUCAUAUUGUUCCAACAGGUGCUUUGGGUAAUUCCCCUUUUCCUUGGGAUGAAUUCGAGCCUUAUCUUCAGCGAGCAGACGAACUAGGUUUAUAUUUCCAGUACGACGUGCGCUGGGACUAUACCAACUUGACUACAAUGAUUGACCAGGUGACCCACCUAAGAUCACAUCCAUCAAUUCUGUUAUGGUAUACAGGCGACGAACCUGAUGGGAAAAGUAACCCCAUCAACUCCACCGCAAUCGCGUACGAGACCAUCAGACAACUAGAUCUUUACCAUCCAGUGUCAUUAGCUCUAAAUUGCUACAAUUUUUACUACGAGGAUUACGCAUCUGGUGCUGAUAUCAUUCUCUCUGACGUCUACCCUAUCUCCACCAACACCAGCUGGUCUACUGUAUACGACACUCCGUGUAAUACAACGUAUGGAUGCUGUGGUUGCGACGACUGUCAUGGAAGCUUCGAGGACAUUUCUGACCGCUUGGACAAUUUUGCCUACUUUGAUGAGAUUAUCGGCUGGUCUAAGACUCACUGGGGAGCUCCGCAAGCAUUUGGCAAUGAAACAUUUUGGACUCGAUAUCCUACAGCUGACGAAGAAGUGACCAUGACAAUGCUAAGUAUCAAUCACGCCGCGAAAGGGAUUGUGAUGUGGGAUUUCCCGACGUCGGCGGAGAUCCUCAAUGUCACUGAUUCGUUGGCUUCGGUGUUGACGAGUGAGGAAAUGACGGGCUUCUUAGUCGGGGCUCCAAUCAAUCAACAACUUGAUGUGUAUGGGGGUAAUAGAAUCGAUGUUGCUGCAUGGGCCAAGGGUGAUCAGUUGUUAAUGAGUAUAUUAAACUUGAAUUAUGUGGAUCUUGCUGGGGAAGUGAUUAUCCGCCUACCAAAGGGAGUCUCGCCUUGGUCUGCAGUUAGCACGCUUUGGGGGGUUCCGGAGUGGAAAGUUAAGGACGGUGCUCUGACAACCAAUGGCCUAGGUGGACUCGCUGUAUCCAUCCUUGUGAUAGAUCUCCAGUAG